AUGUCCCCUCGGAACUUCCAGUUUACGUGUGCAGUUGGCGGAAUUCUCGGCCUAGUUCUUGCCCUCGUGGCGUUUAUUGUAUCGGGAUUCCUUCCUCCCAUUUCACCUUUAUUAGAUGCCGAACAAACCGCCAGACACUAUCGCAACCACGAGAAGGGCAUCCAGGCCGGUGCGGCCCUAAUAGUCGUUUCAGGCAUGUUCUACAUCCUCCUGACGGUGGCCAUCUCGGCCCAGAUGCAAUGCAUCCCCAACCUGCACUACGCUGUGAGUGCUCUCCAGCUGGCCUUGGGCACUGCCGGCGGAUUUGCAUUCCUAUUGCCGGGUUUGAUGCUAGCCGUCGCAAACUACCGCCUCGACCGUCCUGUCGAAAUCACGCAAACCCUCAACGAUAUGUUCUGGAUCACCUUCUUGUUGCCCUGGCCGACCUUUAUGGCCCAGAGUUUCACAAUUGCCUAUGCUAUUAUCAUAGACUCACGACCCAAGCCUCUUUUCCCAAAGCCCACGGCGAUACUCAACAUCGUCGCCCCCUUUAUCUAUGUGCUAGCCGCCGCCGUGCACUGCGUCAAGACCGGCCCUAUGGCGUGGAACGGUGCAGUUGCUUUUUGGAUUCCGCUUGUUGCCUUUGGCUGCCAGGUUGUCAUCGACUCUAUCUGCCUUAUUCGGGCUCUGUCAGCAGAACCGGGAACCGGUGGGAAAAAUUUAGACGCCUUCCCUACCAGUCCGGAGAACUGCCCUGACAAUUGUGCGGCCCGUUCGGACCAUAACAACUGCCAAGGCUAA